CAUCCUUCCAGCAGCUGCAUAGCGCAGCGAGGCGAACACGCAACUUUUUCUCAAACUUGUAAGUUCCCUUUCGGAAGGAACGCAACGGGGCAUUUUAGGUUUGAAGCAGAACCAGCACGUCUUCCUAGAAGGGUUCACUGUACGAAACGUGGCAAGAGGAACUGUCGAUGCAGGAAGUAGAAUGCAGUCUUGAGUGCUGAAGAGCUGCCAAGUUACUCUUUCUGCCUCUUCACCUUUUGAUCUAGACAAUCAAUCUUCUCAUGAAUCCAGGAAGUGGUAUCCCAAUCCAGAGGCAGGCAUGUCUCCCUGCUAAGUACCUUUAGCCUUUGGCACUGGUGUCAUGACCAGCCUGAAGCGCCCACUCAUGGAGCGCACUGUUGGGGGUUCCAUCCCAGCCACUGAUGAGUUUUACACCCGCCACCUCCGUAUAGUGAAUGGAGGGGCUGUGCCAACGCGCACAGACAAUUUCUAUGCUACUGUGAGUACAGGAGUGCCUAAGAUGGGUGUACGGGCUCGGGUGGCUGACUGGCCCCCAAGGAAAGAUGUGCCAGGGCCUUGGUGGCACCCUGUUACAGAAUCCGAGAACUCUGGUGUGCCCACCACUGGAAAAACACACAUUAGGUUAGGUUCUGUUAUGAGCCCUCAGGACUUAUCAAUGCUGCGUAACAUCCACAAUACUUUGAAGAAUCGUACCCAGGCCCAGACUAACAGUUACAGCCCUGACACCCGGUACCUAGCCCCGGCAGACUCCAAAGGUCCUGCAAAUAAAAGCUCACGGCAGAGGCGUGUCCCUCAGCGCAGCAACAGUGACAUGACUAUCAGUGAGUUGGAAGGCAGUGGGGACAGCGGAGAGGACUGGGGACCACAAUCAGGAGCCAAAUGGUCACCUCUCCAUCGUGAAUACGGUAGCACCUCAUCAAUAGAUCAGCAUGGAGUAUCUGGAGAGAACUUCUUUGAAAUGCUUAAGGGCUAUCAAGGGGACAAAGUUGACCAGCGUAGUCCUGCUCCAGAAAAACUGGAGGACAUGCUGAAUGUUGGGCCCAAGCAGGCCAUCAUUGAUCUAAAGGAGAACACAGACGGCCAGACUCCUAAAGCUAAGGACAGAGAUAAGGCCUCAAAGAGACGCACUAAAUCUGAGACAGGAGGUGAGUCUAUAUUCCGCAAGCUUCGCAAUGUGCGGGGUGAGUCGGACUCCCCCAGAGUGGGGUCUGACAUAGAGGACAGCCGGAUAGAAGACAUGGGCCCCCCUCUUAAACCCUGGCUGUGUCCAAAAGGAUUUGCCCACUAUGAUGUUCAGAGCAUGCUGUUUGACCUCAAUGAAGUAAUUCACUUGCGGCAGACUGCAGGUAAGAGGAAAAACACCACCACGGGGGCUUCUGCCGCUGCUGUAGCAUCAGCUACCUCCACCCUCUCCUCCACCCACAGCCUGUCUUACAACUCCCCAGCUGGCAGCCAAGAAGAGCUCAGUUCGAGGGACAGCCCUGGUCUGGACACAGGAGAUGAACAAAGCAACGAAAUGCUGCUAAGCUGUCCCUGCUUCCGCAACGAGAUAGGUACUGAUAACAAUGGGAGGCACAGACUGGGAGCAGGUGGGGCAGGAUAUCAUGGGCAUGUGGGUGGGGUAACAAGUAACAGUGGCUCAGGAAGUUUGAGUGGGGAAGAAAAGUUGUAUGAAGCAUCUGUGAGCACACACUGCACAAAUGCUGGAGUAGCAGUGCUCGAGGGACCAAAGGAGGGCCCCAGCACGCUCAGUGAAAAGGGAAAACAAUACAUAGUGGAGCAUGUGGACCUGGGAGCCUACUACUACAGGAAGUUCUUCUACCUUAGGGAGCACUGGAACUACUUUGGGGUAGACGAGGCACUCGGUCCUGUGGCAGUGAGCUUGCGCAGAGAGAAACUAGAAGAGGACAAGGAACACGGCCAGCAGUAUAAUUAUCGCCUCAUUUUCAGAACCAGUGAGCUGACGACUCUCCGAGUUUCUAUCCUGGAGGAUGCAGUGCCUUCCACCUCUAAGCACGGCACCACCCGAGGGCUGCCCAUCAAAGACAUACUGGAGUACCUUCUCCCUGAGCUGGAUCUGUCCUGCCUUAGACUGUCCCUCAACACACCCAAAGUCACUGAGCAGCUGAUGAAACUGGACGAACAAGGGCUGAGUUUUCAGGUGAAAGUGGGGGUGAUGUACUGCCGAGCAGGCCAGAGUACAGAAGAGGGGAUGUACAACAACGAGACAGCCGGUCCCGCCUUGGAAGAAUUUCUCCAACUGCUUGGGGAGAAGGUUCGCCUUAAGGGCUUCACCAAGUACAGAGCCCAGCUGGACACCAAAACGGAUUCCACGGGUACUCACUCCCUGUACACUUCAUACAAGGACUAUGAGAUCAUGUUCCAUGUGUCGACUCUGUUGCCUUACACACCCAACAACAAACAACAGUUGCUGAGGAAGCGCCAUAUAGGCAACGACAUAGUGACCAUUGUGUUCCAGGAACCCGGUGCUCACCCCUUCACUCCCAAGGCCAUUCGCUCUCACUUUCAACAUGUCUUCAUCAUUGUCCGAGUGCACAAUCCCUGCUCUGACAACACAUGCUACAGUGUGGCUGUUACUCGCUCCCAGGAUGUCCCCUCCUUUGGCCCACCAAUCCCCAAUGGUGUGACCUUCCCCAAGUCCACUGUCUUCAGGGACUUCCUGUUGGCCAAAGUCAUAAACGCUGAGAACGCAGCCCACAAGUCAGAUAAGUUUGGCGCCAUGGCAACACGCACACGGCAGGAGUACCUACGGGACUUAGCAGAGCGUCAUGUGACCAGUACUCCAGUAGAACCCGCUGGGAAAUUCCCUUUCAUCUCUCUGGCACACAAACGGCGCGAGAGGGUGCGUCCAUACAGUGGGGCAGAGCUUCGAAGUCUGGGAGCGGUGACCUGGCAGGUGCAUGUUGAAGAUCAGGUAGCCGGUGCUGAACGUGAGUGCCUGCUGGCCAUUUCAAAUGACUUCAUCAUCCUACUGGAUCAGGAGGCCAAAGCAGUUGUAUUUAACUGCACCACACGUGAUGUGAUUGGUUGGUCAACGGGGAGCCCUGCCUCCCUGAAGAUCUACUAUGAGCGUGGUGAGAGUGUGUCAUUGCGGUCCAUCAAUAACAACACAGAAGAUUUUGGAGAGGUUGUCAAAAGACUGGAGCUGUUGACUAAAGGCAGUCAGACCACAGACAUGACCCUGCGCCGUAACGCACUAGGCCAGCUGGGCUUUCAUGUCAACUUUGAGGGCAUUGUAGCCGAGGUUGAGCCCUACGGUUAUGCCUGGCAGGCUGGUCUCAGGCAGGGCAGUCGAUUGGUGGAGAUUUGUAAGGUGGCAGUAGCCUCACUGUCCCACGAGCAGAUGAUCGACCUGCUCCGAACCUCGGUCACUGUGAAGGUGGUUAUCAUUCCUCCUCAUGAAGACUCUACGCCACGCAGAGGUUGCUCGGAAAUCUACCACAUGCCUCUAGUGGACUACAAGAAUCACAAGGAGGGCAUGCCCUAUGAGUUAAAGUUCCCCUUCCGCCCCACCAGCAACAACACCAGGUGGCCACGCACUACAUCCAGCCCACAAACACGUGCUGCUGGCACUGGGGGGACCUUGAUCAAGGCCCCACCUUCAGACUUUAGUGACCGGAACUCUGCUAUUCCCCGCAGUGUGUCCAGUGAUGGCCGGCCCCUUAACUCCAAAAGAUAUUCCCCAAGCAAUGACAAUUACGCUCUUGUCGGCACCAUCAUGAUGGGUCGCACACUGCACAACACAAACUCCCCUUCCAGCCUCUCCUACACAGACUGGAAGGGGAGCUCCAGCCACUGGAGGCAGAAAUCUAUGCCUGAUGGGUUUAAUAACAACAACUGCCAUGACCCUGUGUCAUCUGUGCAGCAGGCAGGUGAUAUGACCAGUGGGAUCAAAGCGUCAUCUAGCACUGGUGUUGGAUGGACCCGAACUGGGGGGGCGGAUGCAGGCAGCAGACUGGGGGACAAAAGCAAUGCAGACACUGUGGUUUCCAAGGCAGUGAUUUCUCGACUUCAUCUGGCAGAGCAGAGCGACCACAUGUCUCCUAACAAAAGCACUAAGGUGGACACGCCAUAUUCUUCCAGCCAGUCAAGCAGCAACACGCUCUCCAGCAACGCCUCCAGCUCUGUGCACAGUGAUGAGAAGUGGUACGAAGUUGGCUCACGUUCUGGAGUGCAGAGUGAGUUGGAGCUCAGCGGUUACCUUCAGGGCACCUCCACUGACAGCGGCAUUGAUGCCACCUCCUUCACUGCCACCCAAAGCAGCACAUCUUCCUCCACUGGUGCCUUUAGGGGCAGCGAGAAAAUCCCAUGGCAGGAUGACUCAGCAGGCAGCCAGAGGGCCACUGACACUUUGCCUAAAACAACAGACAACCUUGUUGCCAUUGGAAGCAGUGAGAACCCGGAAAAGAGCCCACCAGCUCCUGACAGUGGCUCCUACAGCCGGAGUGAUGGCGCCUCCCACUCCAGCAUGCUGAGUUCUGGCCACUCAGGGAGCCCAGUGGGUCAGGGCUGCAUCCCCAUGUCACCACAGGAGGAGGCAGCAGCAGCAGCAGCAGCCCCAGCCACUUCACCCACAUCCCCUAAACCCCAAUCCCCAGGGACCAAGAGUUUCUACCCUCGUCAAGGAGCAACAUCAAAAUACCUAAUCGGAUGGAGGAAACCUGGGGGAACCGUCAACUCUGUGGACUUUGGCAGCACUCGCAAACGGCACCAGAGUGACUGUCACCUGGGUGGCCAGCUGCAGCUCAGGGCCAAUCUCCGUGACUCCUCGUCGCCCCAGCGGACCACUGCCAAGUCCAGCUUGGAAGAAGACUUGAAGAAGCUCAUAAUGCUUGACAGCCCUCCACCCACUGCACAUGAAGAGAAGCCGUUAUUUCUGGGCCCACCGCCCAAUCGUCGCUCACUCCAGAGAACACUAUCAGAUGAGAGUAUCUACGGUGGGCAGAGGGGACCGUCCUCCAGCGGACAGCGUGAUACCACCACUGACCUUCUGUUCAGCUGCUUGACCAUGCCACGCUCACCCACUGCUCGCCGUGGACCAAGCCGCCGAUCAUCAUACAAAUCCCUAGGAGACUUGUCAGCCCCAGAGAACUCUGAGUCGGAGCAGGAGAAGCAGCAGCAGCAGUUGCAGGACCCUGUCCUCAUGCCCCUGCCUGACACUGGUGCAGAUGGCCCGCUGGAUUGGGCCCACCUGGUAGAUGCUGCCAAGGCCUUCGAGGAGCAAAGGCUGGUCUUCCUAGCAGCCCAGGAGGAGAACUCCAUGGCUGAGAGUGCAGCAGCCACCAUCCCCCAGCAGGCUGAGCCUCAAGCAGCCCCACUGAAACAGCCCUCACCUGGAGAGACUCCAGUUUGUCUGAUGGGGAAGGUCGGCCAACUGGAGUCACUGGUGAAGGCACUACAGGAGGACCUGAGGAAAGAGAAGGAUGCCAAAGCGUCACUGCAGGCUCAGAUUCAGAGCCUGCGAGAGGACAACCAGCGUCUUCUGGAGGAAUCCUACAGCGCCUCAGCCAAGCUCAAGAAGUUCACUGAGUGGGUUUUCAACACCAUUGACAUGAACUGAUGCAUAGAGCUGCUGAUUGCUCUACAUUAGGAGUCGGAUAACUACUCAAACUGAUCUAAAACGUAGUUGCUCAGUACUGUACACGCUACAGGAUUAGUCACACUGUGACCUGUUUCUCUUGGGUUUUAACAAACCAGUGCCAACAUGAAAUUAACAUGCCAUCCUGUGAUCAUCAUUACAAGACAGAACAGUUGAAUACAGAAAAAAGAGCAGUAACUGUGUUACAGUUUUAAUCAGCAUGCACUCUCUUCAUUAAGAUUUCACAAAUAUUAUGAUACUUUGUGCCCAUGUGAAUGGAUUGUUCCUGCAUGCCAGCAAAUGUUGCUGUGAACGUAAAAGGAUUUAAAUUUACUGUCCCAGUUUAGCUCCCCAGCUACCCUAAUUACAAGUGAAUAGCUUUCCAAUUAAAAAGCUUCAGUUUAUUCAUCCCAUGCAAGAGUAGGCAAAAAUAGCCCUUCUAUGAGAGAGGCUGACACGUUCUAAAAGUUCACUGACUUUGUGCUUUGUAAUUUAAUUGCUCUUUAGAGAUUUUCCAAAUUUCCUAAUUCAGUGAUAACAGCAUUGAUUACUUUUUAUUCCUAACCAAAAGAAAAGAAGCUGCAUGAGAUGACGAUGUCAUCCCCUAAAAGAGAUUAUGGGUUUUCACUAACAGUGUGGGUAGGUAGAUACAGACAGACAGACAGCCCUUGCAUAGCACAUGGUGGAAACCACUAAGGUCAAGUGCCUGUCUGUAUUGUUAUAAAAAGUGUAACAAAUGCUUUUCUAGAGGGUUAAAAGCAAGUAAAACUUGUACAGGACUGCUGGUCACAAGUUGAUGAAAUGAAAAAAUAUUGUAAAAACACAGAAGUCGCUAUGGAGACUGACAACUCAGUGUCUGAUUCAGAUUAAUGUACUCUGUGUGUGUGUGUCUGUGUGUGUGUGUGUGUGU